AUGUCUGGCCGAGGCAAGGGUGGAAAGGGUCUGGGGAAGGGGGGCGUCAAGCGUCAUCGUAAAGAUCUCCGUGAGAACAUCCAGGGCAUCACCAAACCUGCUAUCCACCGCCUCGCCCGGCGUGGUGGUGUGAAGCGUAUUUCUGGUCUUAUCUACGAGGAGACCCGCGGGGUGCUGCAGGUGUUCUUGGAGAAUGUGAUCCGCGACGCUGUCACCUACACCGAGCACGCCAAGCGCAAGACUGUCACCGCCAUGGACGGGGUUUACGCGCUCAAACGCCAGGGACGCACUCUGUACGGUUUCGGCGGCUAA